AAAGAUUAUCCAUAUAGCUAAUUUGGACAAUUUGAAGAGUUUCUUUGGAAUUUCGACCGUUUUCUUCAAAAUGAAUACUGAAAAGGUUUAUGAAGCUGUUUCAAGACUUUCGAGAGACUAUUAGAACGCGAAAACAUUAUCCAUAUAGCUAAUUUGGACAAUUUGAAGAGUUUCUUUGGAAUUUCGACCGUUUUCUUCUGUUUUCAAGACUACUCUGCCUUCAAAAUGAAUACUGAAAAGAGUUUCUUUGGAAUUUCGACCGUUUUCUUCUGUUUUCAAGACUACUCUGCCUUCAAAAUGAAUACUGAAAAGGUUUAUGAAGCUGUUUCAAGACUUUCGAGAGACUAUUGGAACGCGAAAAGAUUAUCCAUAUAGCUAAUUUGGACAAUUUGAAGAGUUUCUUUGGAAUUUCGACCGUUUUCUUCUGUUUUCAAGACUACUCUGCCUUUAAAAUGAAUACUGAAAAGAGUUUCUUUGGAAUUUCGACCGUUUUCUUCUGUUUUCAAGACUACUCUGCCUUCAAAAUGAAUACUGAAAAGGUUUAUGAAGCUGUUUCAAGACUUUCGAGAGACUAUUGGAACGCGAAAAGAUUAUCCAUAUAGCUAAUUUGGACAAUUUGAAGAGUUUCUUUGGAAUUUCGACCGUUUUCUUCUGUUUUCAAGACUACUCUGCCUUAAAAAUGAAUACUGAAAAGGUUUAUGAAGCUGUUUCAAGACUUUCGAGAGACUAUUGGAACGCGAAAAGAUUAUCCAUAUAGCUAAUUUGGACAAUUUGAAGUUUCUUUGGAAUUUUGACCGUUGUAUUCCGUUUUCGAAA